AUGCGCUCCGAGGGCUCGCCGUGGGGCUUGCUCGUCGCCCUUCUCGGGUCGGUUGCGGCAGCAGGACUGUCGGAUGUCCCGUCGCCCGAGAACUAUCUCCGCAAGGCCACCGCGUCUGCAACGCUCAUCGGCAACUAUGUCUACAUCGACGGGGGCGAGAUUGCGCAGCUCGUCGACGGGAAGGUCCCGUCUUUUCGGACGACGAAUCAAGUAAACUCGACGCUUUCCAUCGACAUGUCCAAGUCAUGGAACGCCUCCACCGUCGUGCAGCGCACAAUAGACCGACCCUGGUGGUCAAAAGUCAACCAAGUCAUCUGGACGAACCAUGAAGCAGGUACCUUCUACGUCUGGGGCGGCAAGUGGAUUUGGGGAGACAAUAUGACAAAGAACGAGCUGUGGAAGUUCACCCCCGAUGGCAAGGGCGCGGGGACCUGGUCCAUCGAGCCCCCAGCCAAUGCGGACUUGUUUAACGGCCUGCACGAGUCCGAGUUUGGGGCCUACGCCAACACCAACGAUACGGGAUUCGUAAUCGGAGGCAUUGCUUCGGGCUGGACGGAAUACGGCCGCGCGUCCACCUCGGUGCUGCCGGGGAUGGUCACCUUCAACAUGCAGACGAACGUCUGGCAGAACGGCACUACGGCCUUCAGCCCCUUCGGCACGCUGGCCGGCGCCAGAGCCCACUACAUCCCGACCUUCGGCCCCAACGGCCUGGUCAUGGUCCUCGGCGGCCAGUCGCACUCGCUUGUCGGCGACCCGGACUGGUCCGCCGCGACGCCCUACGACCUGCGCAACCUGACGUUUUUCGACCCGCAGACGAAGAAGCAGUACUGGCAGGCCACGACCGGCAGCAUUCCCCCAUUUCCGCGGACCUUCUUCUGCCUCGCCGGGUUUCAGAACACCGACGGGGGCUACGAGAUCUUGCUAGCGGGAGGCUCGAACGAGCGCGACAAGUUCCUGUACCAGGACACGUACAUCCUCAGCCUUCCGGGAUUCGUAUGGGUCAAGGCGGCGGACUCGCCGUCGGGCAAGCGCAGGGACGCCGCCUGCGUGUCUGUGGGCAACCGCCAAGUGCUGAGCAUAGGCGGCACCGACGGCACCUGGACCGACCCAGAUCCCGCUCCGCAGGGGCUUCAGCUGUUCGACAUGACCGAGAUGCAGUGGAAGUACUCGUACGACGCCAACGCUGCCGCCUACGAGAGGCCCGCUGACCUCGCGGUCUGGUACAAGAACGGGUAG